AUGGCUCCUCCAGCCCAACUCCCUCUUCGACAACUCACCAAGAAUGGCCCCAAGAUCCCAUCUAUUGGUCUGGGACUUAUGGGAAUCAGCGUCGGAUACGGAGCAGCCACAUCUGACGAAGAACGUCUCAAACUGCUCGACCGUGCAUGGGAACUCGGCUGUACCAAUUGGGACACAGCUGACAUCUAUGGCGACAGUGAAGAUGUCGUAGGCAAAUGGUUCAAGCUUCAUCCCGAACGUCGUCAGGAUAUCUUCCUUGCGACCAAGUUUGGGCUGAGGGUAGGUGAGAAAGGGAUCGUUACUGAUUCGUCGCCCGAGCAUGUGCGGAGGAGUAUUGAGAGAAGUUUGAAGAGGCUUGGUGUUGAGCACAUUGAUUUGUACUACAUGCAUCGUGCCAACGAGGAUGUGCCUAUUGAGAAGACUGUGGAAGCCUUGAAGCAAUUGGUUGAUGAAGGAAAGGUCAAGUACCUGGGCCUCUCAGAGAUCUCGUCUACCACUCUCCGCCGAGCCCACGCCAUACAUCCCAUCUCAGCAGUACAAGUCGAGUACAACCCCUGGACGCUCGACAUCGAAGGCCCUUCAGGAACAAACCUUCUCAAGGCUUGCGAGGAGCUGGACGUGGCAGUGUUUGCCUACUCACCUCUUGGCCGUGGUAUCUUGACCGGUCGUUUCCGCUCUGUCGAUGAUUUGGAAGCGACAGAUACCCGAAGAAACCUGACACGGUUCCAGGGUGACAACUUCAAGAAGAACUUGACGGUUGUGGACCAGUUCAAUGAGUUGGCCAAGAAUAGGGGAUUUACAUCCUCACAGCUCGUUCUGGCCUGGAUCUUGGAACAGAGCCCCAACAUAUUUGUCAUUCCUGGCACGAAGAAUGUCAAGUAUCUCGAAGAGAAUGUGGGAGCAGCAAAGGUGACCCUGAGUAAGGAGGAGAACCAAGACCUGAGGAAAUUGGCAGUUGAGGCUGGAGUUGUUGGGGGGCGGGACCCCUUUUUUGGCUGCUUCGCUGAUACAGCUCCUCUGGAGAUGUGA